CUGUAAAUCGAAUGUUUCAUCUAUCGAUACGUAUUGUCAUUGCAAAUAACGCAUGGUGGCCAACCUUCCACUUCUUCGAGAAUAGUAAACGUUGCGGAAGAUGAUUGGUCAACUUAUCAUUCCUUUCCGAGUAUAACACGUUGUCGUAUCCUGUGUGUGAAAACAGUACAUCGUUGGCCUUUUCUCUGAAAUUUUAUUUCUAUCAAUUAUCCGUCAGAAAACGAACAUAAUGGAUUAUACAGCACGUCUCUUUCUUUCGAGCUUUACGAUACUCUUGCUUUGCAUAAGUUAUAUUCAAGCUAAGGGAACACAACAUGUAACUUGUGGUUCUGUACUAAAGUUAAUGAAUGUCGAUUACAAUGUGAGGCUGCAUUCCCACGAUAUAAAAUAUGGAAGUGGUAGUGGACAACAAUCUGUGACCGGUACAGAGGUCAAAGAAGAUGGUAAUUCCUAUUGGCUCGUCAAAGCGGAAUCAGGAAAACAAUGCGUAAGAGGGAAGCCGAUUAAAUGUGGAGACAUUAUCAGAUUAGAACAUGUCACAACCAAGAAGAAUCUCCACUCACAUUUAGUUAGUUCACCAUUGAGUGGAAAGCAAGAAGUGUCGGCAUACGGAGACAACAAGGGAGACGGUGAUACUGGUGACAACUGGAUAUUAGUGUGCAACAAUGAUUUCUGGGAGAGAGAUGAUACGAUUAUGUUCAAGCAUGUUGACACUGAGACAUUCUUGGCUGUCAGUGGCAGAGCUUAUGGUAACCCAAUUAGUGGACAGAUUGAAGUAGUAGGUGACUAUUCUGCAAAUAGUCCUCACACGCAAUGGACAACUAUGGAAGGAUUGUUUAUUCAUCCCAAUGAUUUCAAGGCACAACAUCAUCAUCAUACAGAAUUAUAAAUACAAAUUUUAUAGCAAUAACUAAAUAUAAUUUUUUUUUCUUUUACAGGACCAGUUUAAGUCAUAAAAUAAUAAGAUUACUCAUAGUCUAUUCGAGAAACAACUUGUAAAAUCAGUUACUUAAAAUUCGCAAAAUAAUUCAAGAACAAAAAUGAUAACAGAUUGGAAUUCAAGAGCACUCUCGGUCUACCAUCAUGUUUUUAUUAUAGCGAUUACAUUAAUUUUGCUAGACAUUUUUCAAUAAGAAUUUGAUUGUAUAUAUCUAAUUUAUAUUAUGGUUUAGUAUAAGCAGCAAUUCUUUUGUAAAGAAUCCAAAAGUACAUUAAUUGUGAAAGACGCGAGUGUCUCUGUAUGAUGCAUAAAUGUGUGUACAUAUAUUUAUAUAUUAUAAUGUUUAAAA